AUGGAGGGGAGGGCCAAGUUCGAGGAGCUCUGCAUCCCGCUCUGCGUCAUCCCUGCCACCGUCUCCAACAACGUCCCCGGCUCCGACUUCAGCAUCGGCGCAGACACCGCGCUCAAUACCAUCACCACGGUCAACGUGGAGCAUUUAACUGAGAAGAUGAAGACGACGGUGAAGAGGGGGCUGGUGCUCAGGAACGAGCGGUGCAACGAGAACUACACCACCGACUUCAUCUACAACCUCUACUCGGAGGAAGGGAAGGGCACCUUCGCCUGCCGGAAAAAAGUGCUGGGGCACAUGCAGCAGGGCGGCACCCCGACCCCCUUCGACAGGAACUUCGGCACCAAAAUGGGUGCCAAGUCGGUGGCCUGGAUCACCGGGAAGAUCAAGGAGUGCUCCCGGCACGGUCGAAUCUUCGCCAACACGGCCGACUCGGCUUGUCUGCUGGGCAUGCGCAAGCGCAGCCUCGUCUUCCAGCCCAUCACCGAGCUCAAGGAGCAGACGGACUUCGAGCACCGCAUCCCCAAGGAGCAGUGGUGGCUGAAGCUUCGCCCCAUCCUAAAAAUCCUGGCCAAGUACAACAUCGAGCUGGACACCUCGGAGAAAGCCCACCUGGAGCACGUCACACACAAGAGGAUCUCGCUCGAGUCCCACAUCUAA